AAUUUGCAGAUAAACCCUUAAAUUCUGAAGCGCAGGCGUUGCUCUUUCAACGACGUCGUUUAGUUCGAGAACGACGGAUCCAAUUUCCGAUCUGCAAAUUGAGUAAAGAGCAAGCAAUCCUUGCAAGAAUCCAUGGAGGAGAAGCCCGAGAUUGGCCGUAAGAUGAAGCAGCUGGGGUUUUGGAAAUGGGCGAUCGCUUCCGUCAUUUUCAGGCUGAUUCUUAGCUACUUUUCGAAAAAUCUCAACCUCUCCACUCGCCCCGAAGUUUCUACACCCAUCACCAGCCUGCGCCGCCUGGCUGAGGGCUACUGGCUGAAGCAUUUGUCAAUGUCGCCGUAUUCUGGUUCGAUGUACCAUGGAUCGCCUCUAUUGCUUUCUAUCUUGGGUCCUCUUACUGAUAAAAAGAUUGACGGGCAGCUUAGUUAUCUAUUAUGCAGCCUCGUUUCAGUUAUUGCAGAUUUUACCAGUGCAAUUCUCAUCCGUGCUACCGGACACAAUCUUGUAACAGCACAGAGUCGCAACUUGAAAGCGUUGGGGCUUAAUAAAUUGUUCCAAGAUAUAGAAAUUCUGCCAUCUGGUGACAUUGCUGCCCUUGUAUAUUUGUGGAACCCUUUCACAGUUAUCUCUUGUCUUGGUUAUAAUACCUCACCUGUUGAAAACCUUUUUAUCAUCUUAUCAAUUUAUGGAGCUUCUUCAGGGAAAAUACCUUUGGCUGCUUUUGGCUGGGUUAUAGCUUCACAUUUGUCUCUUUAUCCGUUGAUUUUGGUCAUACCGGUGGUUUUUUUAAUAGGUUGCGGUCUGGAUGCACCCCCGAAAACAUUGUGUGUGCAAAGUAAACUUAAAGGUGAAAAAGGAAGAUCAGCUGAUCAUGGUGAAUCAAAGUCACUGACUGAUAAACUUACAAAAGAUUCAAGUAUCUCCUGGAAGCGAGUCAUUCUCUUCUUUUUGUGGGCAUCCCUAUGGGCCUCCUACUUGUUAAUCUUAUGUGCCGUGUCUAUGAAAGAUCAUGGUGGUCUUGGGGAGAUGUUUAAGAGGACCUAUGGAUUUAUCCUAACUGUUAAAGAUUUAUCUCCUAACAUAGGUGUCUUAUGGUACUUCUUUGCAGAAGUUUUUGAUUUUUUCAGGAAUUUUUUCCUGAUAGUUUUUCAUGUGAACAUUAUGUUCAUGAUAUUGCCUUUAGCCAUCCGCCUAAGUCAUAGGCCCUGCUUUCUGGCCUUUGUUUACUUGGCAAUCUCUGCCGUGCUAAAGUCUUAUCCAUCGAUUGGGGACUCAGCUUUGUACUUGAGUUUACUGAUGUUGUUUGUUAAUGAGCUAUCAGAAAUGCAAUUUUCGUUCUUUCUCUUUUGUGGAUAUGUUGGGGUUUCACUUUUAAGCCCUAUAAUGCACAAUUUAUGGAUUUGGAGGGGAACCGGAAAUGCAAACUUUUACUUUGCAACUGCAAUAGCCUAUACUUGUUUCCAGAUCAUUCUCGUGGUGGAAAGUGUGAGCGCAAUGCUUAAUUAUGAUCGAAAAAUCCGAAAGCUAUGCAGUAGUACUUACUAGAUAGGUAAACAUAUAGGGAGUUUUCGAGGGUACCUAGUAGAUCUUCUGUUGAGCUGUGUUGUCGCUUGUAGAUUGUAAAAUACAGUUUUAGUUUGGUUGAAGCAUUGUUUCCAAUCGAAGAUCAUACUGUGCAGCAUUCUCUUGCGAUUUGUUUGAGCUCCUUUUUUCGAGGCCUUGAUAAAAGGGGCAAAGACAACUUGUUGCAAAAAAAUUACUGUUGUAGAAGCAUCAUAUUUUCCACAAAAGAAUCUACUUUUUCCCAUGACAUGA